AUGGAUGGAAAGUGGGUUCGCCCAUGGGCGCCUAGCAUCGUCGAGUACGAGGGUGGCAGCCAACGUGUCUUCGAGAGUUAUGUUGCAAAGAAUUCAUGUCUGCAGACACCACACUCAAGCGAGCUACCAGACCUUGAACGUCGCCUGAGAUCAAUCACCGUACGCAUAAUUGAAAACCCAUUCGAUCCUGCUGAGCGAUUAGCCAGUGCGAAAGUACUGCUUAUGCUACAGUAUCCAGAGUUGGUAAUUCCGGAGGUCCAUAAAGUCCUGCUCUUAAUGCAUUUGAACAGGAAGCCAGAUAUGCGAUCAAGUCAGCACAGCGGCGGUAUAGGUCUACGAUCGGCACUGUUCGUACUAGCGCAGGCACUUUUCGUCGCCCGUUGCUUUUCUGAAUGUAUUACCGUCAUACAACGAAGCAUUUCAAUAACAAGUCAAAACGGCUGUCAUCGUGGCCAUACGGUUUCGGAUUUUCUAGACCAUCUGAAGCUAAAAGAAUAUGCAGAACGUGCGCUCCGCCAUGAGAAAAGAUAUCUCCUUCAAGAAGACACCUGGAGAGAUUCCGGUGAGCAGGAAAUACUUCAAACGAUACGCAAGGGAGAUGUCAAAGUUGUCGCUUACCCAUGGCUCCCAGAAGCGUUAUUCCGCCGCAGUGAAAAUGCUAUCCAACGGGCCAACAACACUCUAGAAGCUCUCAGUCAAAACAAACUUGUCAUCAAAAAGAGCAGACUGUCUGACACUUUGCGUAGUUAUGGUCAGAUACAGCAUGACCAAGAUGCUUACGGCAUUUUCGCGAUGACAGAUAUUCCUGCGGACACGAAGCUUUUCCUGGACAAGACCAUCCUAUGUGCCACCGACGGCUCGUAUCGUUGUGCAACAUGUUGUGCCGAUCUCAGUCUAGGCGCAAGCCGGUUCUUGGGGAAGCUCUACUGCGACCGAAACUGCUUCCGGAACCUCAGAGCCGCAUGCGGUCUUGGAACAUUCUAUCGGUACGAACAGGACCUAGGAGAAACAGUCUCUAGACCUGAAGGCUUUCAAUCUUUUUUCGCGGACCAUGACUUAGAGGAGACCACGGGGAAGGAAGAGAUUUUUCUGUUCCAGCGAGCAUUGGAAGUGGUAUACAAAUCCACGCAAAGAUAUCCUGGCCGACACCCUUUACAAACUCGAAUGCUCAAUUACCUUACGGCACGAUAUCAUGAUGGUGCUGGAGCCUCGAAGAGAUUCUCGUAUACUGAAGACGUCUGCCUCCGAUUCGAAUUCCUGCAGAAACUCGGCGUCGACAUAUUCCAAGACGAACUGGCGGAGGCAUGGGUACUUGAGACUCUUGCAAAUCGCAUUCAAACCAACAUGCGGGGUUACAGCGGCGGUAACGGAGACGACAUGGUGGCUGUGAACACCAUGUAUGCGUUUUUCAAUCACAGUUGCCAGCCGAACGUGAAGAGCAGCGAUUCGGAGGAUGAGGACAGUGCGAUUUGUGUGACGACCACGAGGAAGAUCGAGCGUGGAGAAGAGCUGUACGUCAGCUACCUCAGCGACGAAGACUUGCGAGAGGGUCACGAUGUCAGAGAGGAGAAGUUACGGCCUUGGACGGGUGGCAUGUGCCUGUGUCGGAAGUGUUCUCGGGAGAGGAGGCGAACAGAACGACCGGUGUCUCUCUACAACGACGAGAAUAGGUGCCCAUCGCAGUGA